GGAGAAGAGCAGGUGUUCACGUAACAAGGCAUGGCAGAAACAAAGGAUGUUUUCGACCAGGAACCACAUCCAGUUGAAGAUGAUUUAUUUGAAGAACCAACGAGAAAAAGAAGGAAAUCAGAUCGAGACCAGCGGUUCCGAGCGUUUCCCUCCGUGGAGCAGAGCUCCCUUAAGGAAUAUGAAAAACUGGAAUCACGGACCAGAAGGGUUUUGAGCAACACUUACCAGAAACUUAUUCAGUCGGUCUUCCUGGAUGACAGUGUCCCUAAUGGAGUCAAGUAUCUCAUAAAUAGGCUCCUUGCCUUGAUUGAAAAGCCGACAUUGGACCCAAUCUACAUUGGGUUGUUUGGAAGCACCGGGGCUGGGAAGAGCUCCCUGAUCAAUGCCAUCAUCCAGCAAGCAAUGUUUCUACCAGUGUCUGGAGAAAGCAUAUGUACUUCCUGCGUUGUACAAGUGAGCUCCGGCUGCUGUGUACAGUAUGAGGCCAAAAUCCAUCUUCUCUCUGACCAGGAGUGGAGGGAGGAGCUGAAGAACCUGACUAAACUCCUGCACAGGACGGAGGAGCUGGGUGGAGAGGAGGCGGAUGCAUGGAACAGGGAUGAGGCAGCAGAGGAAGCCACCUGGAAGCUACAGAUGAUUUAUGGAAACGGGGCGGAAAGUAAGAACUAUGAGGAGUUACUGAAGGCGAAGCCCAAAGGGAAGAUCCCCACCUGCAGAGUCAUCACCCUCAAGGCGGAAGAGGCAGAAGAGCUGUCCAUCAAGCUGGACCCCUACAUCCGCAUGCAGAGGAGAGACUGGGAUGGAGAGGCCGCUGAGAUGCACAUCUGGCCCUUGAUCAAACAUGUGGAAGUGACUCUUCCCAAAUCCGACCUGAUCCCAGAAGGGGUCGUGCUGGUGGACAUCCCAGGUACAGGCGAUUUCAACAGCAAGAGGGAUGAGAUGUGGAAAAAGACCAUUGACAAAUGCUCGGUGAUCUGGGUGUUGAGUGAUGUAGAGCGAGUAUCUGGGGGGCGAGCCCACGAAGACCUUCUAAAUGAGAGCAUCAAAGCCUGCCAGCGGGGCUUCUGUAGGGAUGUGGCCCUGGUGGUCACCAAGACGGACAAACUCCACUUGCCAGAAUAUCUAAGGGAAAGAAAGGCGGGAAAUCACGCCAUUCAGAGUCCGCGAGAGGCUGUUUUAGAAAGAAAUGAAAUGAUAAAACUACAGAGGACUAGAAUUCUCAAGGAAAAACUGGAGAGAAAACUGCCGGCUGACUUCAAGGUUCUGGAAGCCUCAGAUCUGGUGUAUACAGUCAGCGCCCAGGAGUACUGGCAGCAGGCUCUCCUCACUGAAGAGGAAACUGGAACAGGGAAGGGGCAGAGGAACAUGAAUAAGGCUCUUAACAAAGAUGAAAUCAACAAGGCCCAGAGGGCACAAGAUGGACAGCAUGUUUGGGGAAUGGCAGCAAGUCCAGGGGUAGCUACUUGGCAGGACAUGUCGGGCAAACAGGUGGUGGUGCUGAAUGAACACUUGCAUGUGAGUGACCUGCGGAGAUUCACAGAAGAGAAGGUUGAGCUGCUGGAAAAGGCCAUCGCACAGUGCUUUGCCUGCAUGGAGCAGCCUCUGAGAGAAGGGGUCAGAACCGCCAGGAUCUCCUACCGCUGCAUCCUCAGGGCGUGCCUGGUGAGGAGUAAAGGAAACCAAGGUUUUCAUCAGACCCUGAAAGCUGUUUGCCUGAAAAAUGGCAUCUAUGCCUCCAGGACUCUGGCGAGAAUUGAUCUAAACGAAGCUCUCACUCAGCCCAUCUACGACCAGAUCGACCCUGUUUUUGCAAGCAUUUUUAGGACGGGGAAGCCCACUGGUUUGGCUCUGAUGCCUCACCUUGAUGCUUUUAAGUACUCCCUGCAGGAGAAAAUGAUGGAAAUUGGGAUACGAAGUGGCUGGAAAUAUGAUAGCUACAAAAAAAAUUUCCUGAUCCAGGAGAUAAGUGCCAUCCUCGGGGGCCUGGAGGACCACAUCCUCAGAAGGAAGAGGAGGAUCUAUGAGUCCCUCACCGCCUCUAUCCAGAGUGACCUGAAGCUCUGUUAUGAAGAGGCAGCUCAGAUCACGGGGAAAAAAGCGUGUGAGAGGAUGAAAGAUGUCAUCAGAAGAGGAGUGGAACGGCAGGUGGCCGAGGGCAUGUUUGAAAGGGCCCAGGAAAGGAUGCAGCACCAGUUUCAGCAGCUGAAGGCUGGGAUUGUGGAGAAAGUGAAGGGCAGUAUCGCCACCAUGCUGGCCCUCGCCUCGUCCCAGGGGGAUGGCCUCUACAAGGAGCUUGCAGAUGUCGGGAGUGAAUACAAGGAGAUGGAGAAGCUGCACAGAAGCCUGAGGGAGGCCGCGGAGAAUGCCCGGCUGAGGAAAGGCAUGCAAGAGUUCCUCCUAAGGGCAUCCCCCCGCAAGGCUGGCCCCCCCAGGAUGUCACUGUAACUCCCAGGGCUUAGUCCCAAUUGAUGAAAGAUCAGCCCAGAGCCAGACAAUCAGAAUUACUUUUUUGGUUCUUUUUUUUU